AUGGAAAGUGCUGAGUCGGUGGCCAUAACGCGUCCUCGGCGUCAGCCGGACUCGAACCGUGGAGGCGUGAGUCGAAAAGCGAACAGGUUGCCGCCCCUCGUGCGAGACUUGAUGGUAUCAGCCAGGCUCGAGGCAGGCGGGUGUACGCUCGAAAUGGAAGCAGAGGCAACCUGGUCGCAGUUUGCGACGUCCAUCUUCCGGAGUUCGAGUCCCGCUACGACGGCUGAUUGGACUAAGCGGUGGCGCCUGAUUGUUUAUCCUCCACUGCCUCGCCAGCUGGAAAUCAAGCCCGCACUACGGGCGACAGAGACGGUUGUAGAAACGAGCGACACCGGCCAACCAGGCUCCGGUUGGCUGCUGUUGCCGUAG